AUGAAUCAGCAAGCGUUUCAGUGGGGUCCAGGUUAUGGCCAGAACCCUCCAGGUGCCUUUGCCCAUUCACCACCUGGGUUGGACAGCAUCAACUCCCCUCCAGGCCCAAAAAUCCCCGGGCUGGAUCCGCAAAGUUCUUUUGCCUCGCCGGCCGCCUUUGAGUACAACCGCGCAUCCAUCCCGGGUCUCUCCUUCGCCAUGCCUACCACAGCACCUUCCCCCACCACCGCCCCGAUGAUCUCAAAUCCUGAUUCCUGGAAGGGGCAACCCAGUGACACUCCCUCCAAUCCUGAAUACAUACCCAGCCGCGGAAAUCAUACUCGCGCCUCCAUUCCAUCUCAACCACAAUACGCGCCUCCCGUAAUCACCAACAACACAACACCGCAACCUGUGACAACGGAAGUUACAACCAAAGAAUCGUAUCCAGCGGCGACCGACAACGCUACCAACGCUGAUGAUGCCAUGGAGGAAGGUGAACUCGAUGAAUCCGGAUUCGAAGAUCUUUAUGAGCCGUACCUUGAACCGGGUGACAACACGAACUACCAUCCUCCCUCGCAAUCUGAGCACCCAGCCACGGACGACGAGGACUACGAUCCCGCUCAGCCAGCCAGUCCUGGCCUGCAGGAUACCAUAUUACCCGACCAAGGCGCUCCCGACGCCUUAGCCAUAACAGGCCGAGAGAGAUCUCGUUCUUAUUCCCCCUAUCUCUCGCCAGGCGAGCUAUCAACCACUUCCCCAUCCCCACAGCAGUCUGCUACGAAUGGUCCAGAUACACUUCCCGAAACUACCUCCGCCCAGGCCAUGGAUAAAGACUCAGCUACUCCAGCGGAAAGUCCCGCCGAGGCUAGGAAAAAAGCCCAAGCUUCAAUUCUUAGGUUGUGGCCCUUGGAGGUACGCUUCCAAGACUACGUGGACGAAGGUAUCGACCCAAAGAUUGUCCGCGAUCUCUUCGCUGGUCUAGGUCUGGACACGAAGUCGUCGAAAAGUCCGGCUGAACAGCAGCCACUCCCGAAGAACCACGCAGAGGUUCAGCCGUCUAAGAGCGUCAACCUGCAGCCCAUGGACACCCAGCCGCAGCCUGACACGGCUUUGACUCCCACGGUAGCUCCUUCUAAACCUCUAGCGGUCACCGCCUCGCAAAAGCAGGAGGAACGUAAAGACCGCAUUGCACGACUCCUUGCCGCCAAAAACGCGAAACAGCAAACCUCAUCUACUGGAGCCGUGGAAGGAACCACAGGGGCACCUGCCUCAGCCAGCGAGACUGCCCCGUCCUCGGUGGCCGAGCCAGUGCCCCAGCUACCGGUCCAUCAGGCGAGCGUGGCGGCUGACGCGGAUAAAGCAAACAAGAAAGCGGAGAAAGAGCGUUUGUUGCAGCUGAAAUUAGAAGCUCUUCAAAAGUCACGGGCGCUCCGGGCACAAAAUACAGCCUCAAAGACGACGGAAGCCCAGCAUCCUGAGCCUGAGAGGGAUUUGAAUACGUCGGAUCGAAACAUCGGCUCAAUAGAACAGACAUCAAUGGCCCCUAGCCCCCAGGCCCCUAACGACGCAGUAGUGGGGCGCGACACAAAACCUCACGAUAAGCAAGCCGUAGGCUCUAUUCCAGGCUUGUCCCUCUCAGCGACGGCUCAGUCGGGGCCGACGAUCCCGCGCAAAAGACCCACUGCAUCCGACCUGAACGAAACGUCGGUGGCCCCCCCAUUCAAGAGGACCUUCAGCCAGCAUCAUGUUGAAACACCACUUAUCAUUAAUGUUAGUGACGAGUCGGAAGACGAAGAUGUUGAGAUGGAGAUCAGCUCGCAAGCCGAUGAUAAUCCGUAUGAACCAAAUCAUAAUGGCCAUCGACUUCCAGCUUCGCAAGAUCAUACAUCCCUCGUCGAGCUGCGACAUCAACGUGGCUUUGCCACCCCGACCUCCUUACCUGGCGGCACUGCUACUCCUAAGCAAGCUGAUUCUGCUGAGCUGCAGCGAAUCAACCAUGACAUUGAUGAGAUGAAACGGAAGAUAGCUGAGGCAGAACGUCGGAAGAAGGCUAAGUUGGCGUCCAAGGAUGCCACAGCACAGCAACCGUCCACCGGACCUGGAGUAGCCGGAGUCCCCCUGCCCCUCAUCCCGGGACCUUCUUCUGUCCAUUCACAAUCGCCCGGUUCACUGGCGUCACAGCCUGCACCCUCACCCUCCGGUAUAACAGGUGAUGUGCAGAGGGUUCUGCCCAAAGCACCAAGAGGCGUGGGAGCCGAUCAGUCACAGCGUACUCAAAGGAUUCGUGUGGUUAGUGAGACCUUACCCGCCCUGGAAGCCAAGCUUCGGAGCAAAACAACAAAGCUUCGCCUUCUGAAGUCCGAGGUUACGCGCAUUGAAAGGGAAGUCAACGAGAUGCUUGCCGAACGGGCCGACCUAAGUUCCGAGUUGGAGACACUCUCCAAAGACGAAAAUGGGACAACGGGCGAGCCUGGGGCUUUGCAAGAAGAAUCAUCGAGUAACUCGGAUCUUCCUACGCCGCAGUACCCAAGCCAGGUCUUGGAAAUCGACGAUGAGUCAGCCCCUACGGAGCUAUCCCAAAUUGCCAAUGGCACAGAAGAUCUUCUCCCAACUACACAUUCUGAGCUCACGGGGCCCCAGGCAGAAUCUGGAAUAGAGACCAGUCCUAGCAGCCAAAUCCAAGACGGGGGUAUCAGUAGUUCGAACGGACUAGAAGAGGGUGUGCCACGUGGAGGAAUAACCUCGGAAGACGAAGCUGCCGUUGUUGAACCAGUCGAAGAUACGCAGAUGGUCGAUGUACCCAGUUCUCAGAAUGAGGGACCUGUUGUCGAAGAGCAACCCGCAGCCAGUCCCACGACGGAGCAAGACGAGAUGGCCGUCGAUGGCGAGCCAUACAGUCCGCCUGAACCCUUUCCCCAUCCCCUAGAGACGCAAACAGCCAAUCUUGAUACAGCCACAUCCCCCCCGCCGGCCGAUACUGACAUGCAGGAAGCACAGUUGUCAUUAGCGCCCACUAGCAUCUCUGAUGGUGCGGUCGAUACUCGUGAAGCCAGCCCAGAAUCUCUAGGUGACACCAGCUGUGCUCCAUCCAACGCUCCUAAGCCCGUGGCUACUGAUGGAUUUGCACCGUACAAGAGCGUGCUGAAAGAGUUUUUAUCCUAUCGCUUCCAUCCUAACUUCCAUAAUGAUGUCACGCAAGGGCUCCGAUCUCUCACGUACAGUAACAAGAUCAACCCGCAUGUCCCAUUCUGUCUCGAUAGUUUACUGCCAGAAGGCUGUCCCAGAGGUGCUAGUUGCGAGUUACAGCACCCGGGGUCGAUUGAGAUACCCGGGAACUCGGAGAGACUCGAGGGCAAAGAACAGGAAAGAUACAUUGAUGGGCUUCGUGCGUUGCUCUCGGAGUUUAAGGCCAAGCAGAGUAAGGAUUUCGACGUUAUCAGCAAGGCCAUCGUUGAUUACCGCACUCGAUUCUAUGGAGACCAAUCGAGAGUACUCCCCCUCGGAAACAUCAGCGUUUAA